AGCAGCCGAUGCCCAAAAUAGUGAACGGCAUCAGAUUACAGACAUGUGUUCUUAACGCUCCCUGCACGCGGCGCUUGUGGCAGAUCAUCACCGACGGUGCAUUCUUCACUUUGAGCAAUAUUCCGUGGAAAUUAAAAGUAAGAACAGGCUUGGAGACGAUCCGGCUGUUAAGAUGGUUAUAGUCAUCGACUUAGAGGAAGAGGAGGCAAAGAAGGCUGCAGAAGCCACAGCCGCAGCUGCAGCGGCAAAACAGGCAGCUACUACAGCUUCACCAAACAGCAACGGCUCAGGUCAACCUGGAGGUGAUGAGAAUGGAAAAUCAGGAAAGAAGUCGCAGUCUGUGCCAGCAGAACCUCAGGAUAGCAAAGGAAAGCCAGGUACUGCUGGUGGAGCGGGAGCAUCAGCUGGUGUAAUAGAAUCUUCACCAACCCAGAAGUCCACUGGUCCUGAUACCAAAAAGAAAGAGGAUACUGUAAAAGACUCCAAGUCUAAGCCACCAGCUGGAUCUAUCCCCCCUAAAGGAAGAGAUGGCAAGGAAGGAAAAGAUUCAAAAGUUGAAACUUCUAAAGCCACUCCAUCAGCAGAUAAAGAUUCUGCUGGAGCCAAAAGUGAAGCUAUAGGAACACCAGCCUCUAGUUCUAAAGACAAAGUUGCUGAUGGGAGCAAGACGAAGACACAAUCAGCCAAAAGUUCGACAGAUACUGACAAGCAGGCUUCCAAAGGUAAUAAUGCCAAUGGAAGUAAGGGUAAGCAGCAACAAGCAAAAAGUUUAGAUGCUGAAAAGGUUUCUUCCAAAGGAAAUGAUGCAAACAGUAGCAAAGGUAAGCCACAACCAUCACCGGAAACUGAUAAAGCUGCUUCAAAAGGUAAUGGUACCAAUACAACCAAGAGUACACCACAACCAUCAAAAUCGGCUGGUGCAGAUAAACCUGGGUCGAAAAGCAAAGAUACUGUUGAAAGCAAGACAAAAGGUGCUUUGUCUACUAACAAGCCUGCUUCAAAAGGAAAAGAAGCCAAUUCACAAUCUCAGGCAUCAAAUGUCGUGACUGCCUCAAAGAAAGAUACUGCAGAAAAGAAGGGGAGGGAGAAAUCUUCAGCUAAAGCACCUAAUCCAGUAUCACCCUCCAAGUCGAGCAGUAAGGGUCAAGAUAAAUCUUCAGCUAAAGCACCUGUACACCCAAUAUCAUCCCCGGAGUCUAGCAGUAAGGGUGAAGAGAAAUCUUCUGUAAAAACACCUGUGAACCCAGUAUCACCCCCAGAGUUGAGCAGUAAGGGUGAAGAGAAAUCUUCAGCUAAAGCACCUAAUCCAGUAUCACCACCAGAGUCUAGCAUUAAGGAGAAAGUGAAAUCUUCAACUAAAGACACUGACCCAACGAUUCCUAAAGAGUCAACUGAAGCAUCAAACAAAGUAUCACCAACCCCUGAGUCUAGCAGUAAGGAGACACAGAAGAAUGAGUUACAAUCUUCCCAAGAGAUGCCAUCAAAAUUAGCAGCAGAGGGUACUCCUGCAUCCAAGAACCCAGUGACAGAAGACGCAAAGAGUGAACAGAAACAACAGCCACUGGACACUGCUGGUCAGAAGGACACUGAGUGUGCUGAGUCCAAAGUUGAAACAUCUAAGGUUACUGAGACUAAGGAAGCAGUGGCUGCGACUACAGAAGCAGAGAGUGCAGCAUCUGAGAAUCCACAAGUAAAGAAGAAGCCCAAGCCAACAUAUUCCAGUUUCUCCUCAUCUCUUAUGGCCCCUACUUUAACAACAUGGGUGAAAAAUGUUCGUGAAAAACUUAGUCGGCGAGGCCAGCUUGAUAAAAUCCUGAAUAGCUUUCAAAAUUGUAAGACAGACGAAGAAAGGGUUGCUUGUUUGUACAACAUUGAAGAAGUCCAUGAGGUUCUGAAUGUUAAAGAGACCUACAAGGCUAAAAGUGAAGAUGAAGCAAAGGAUCUGAGAAUCCAAGGAAACCUGGCUUUCCAAAAGAAGGACUAUGACGCUGCUCUCAAGCUGUAUUCUGACUGUAUUAUCAAUGCCCCUUCAAAAGGAAGCACUGAACUAGCAUUGGCGCUUGGCAACAGAUCAGCUGUGAUGUACCAUUUGCACAACUAUGUUCUUUGUUUGCAAGACAUCAGACAAGCUUUCAAGCAUAGUUAUCCAGACCAUUUACAGUAUAAGCUGUAUGAACGCAGAGGAAAAGCUUGCUACUCACUACGAUUGAAAGAGGAGGCGAUCUGUGCAUUUAACGAUUCUCUUAAUGUUCUGGACAAGACCCAACUAGAUCAAAAGAAAGUUGCCACUUUGAAAUCUGAUUUGAUGAAGCAGUUGGAAAAGUGUAGUAAAAUUAUUCCAGGAGGAAAGAUUAAGAAUGCUCGUGAUUACAACCACAACCACAUCGACAUCCCAAUGAUACAAGAAGGUCGAAGUCCCCACAUCCCAUGUAUGAUGAAAUCUCUUGUCAUGAAAUCUUCAGAUGGUCAAGGAAGAGGUCUGUUUGCAACCAGAGACAUAGAAGUAGGAGAGGUGUUGAUAGUAGAGAAACCAUUCGCAUCUAUCACCCUCAGAGAUUACAACCUCACACAUUGCCAUCACUGCUGCAACAAAGUGUACUGCCCAUUGCCAUGUGACACGUGCAGUGGUGUGGUCUUCUGUAGUGAAGAGUGUUUGGACACAGCAAUGAAAUCCUACCACUAUGCAGAGUGCAAGUAUCAUGAUCUUAUCCAGAGAUCUGAGAUUGGUAUGGCUCACUUAGCCCUGAGAAUGGUGUUGAAACCUGGACAGAAGUCCCUCCGAGAUUACCAGAAGAAAGCAGAAGAGAAGACAAGUGACCCUCUUCUCCUUGGCUGCAAUAAGGAUGGCGUCUAUGAUUCCAAUGAUUAUCAUUCGGUGUAUAAUCUUGUGAACCAUGCUGAGGACAGGUCAAAUCCUGAUUUGUUCCGAAGAGCUCUUUGUGCUGUGUUCUUAGUGAAAUGUAUUGAGAAGUCUGGAUUCUUCACUGCUGCAGAAGGGGCUGAUGAUUUUGAUGUUGAUGAGGAGAAGGUUUAUGUUGGUGGACAUAUCCUUAGACAUACACAGAUGCUUCCUUGCAAUGCUCAUGAAGUGUCCGAGCUUCUGUACAAAACAUACAGUGUUGAAAUGUCUGAGCCAGUAGAAAUUGGAUCAGCCAUCUAUUCAACAUUGAGCUUGAUCAACCACUCCUGUGAUCCAUCAGUUGUCCGGCAUUCAUAUGGAAAUGAAUGUGUCGUACGGGCAAUACGGAACAUACCCAAAGGCGGAGAAAUAUUGGACAAUUACGGUGUCCUGUAUCCAGUCACAAGUAAGCAGAUGCGCCAGGAGAAGCUACAGGCACAGUAUUACUUCAGCUGCAACUGCUAUGCCUGUGUAUGCAACUGGCCAAUGUAUAACAAAAUCAGAAAAGAAGAUCCAGUAUUGAAAUGUAAGAAAUGUAAGAUCGGUAGAAUCAGAAUCCCACCAGACAACCACACAACUCGAGCCAUAUGCUCUGACUGCAGAGAGGUGUUGGACAUUACACCAGACCUGCUCCAUCUGUCAAAGUCUGAGCAGUUCUAUCAGGGCAGCCUGGAGAAGGUCCUGAAGGGAGAUGAGAGGGAGGUGGCAUUACCGUUCCUUGUUGAUCAUCUCAAGCUGAUCGACACCCUCCUAUUUCGGCCUUGGAAGGACUACAAUGACUGCCAGGAGGCCAUCAAGCAGUGCUAUGCAAGCAUGGGAAACUGCCAGGUGGUGGAUGAACCGGAUGAGGAUGAGCAGGAGCUCAUGAUGGGAGAGAGACGAAACCUCAGACCAACCUAGACUCAGUAUAUGGUUGGGUCAUUGUUAUCUGGGUAGGUGGGAAGUUUCAGUUGGCAACCUACCAAAUAUCUUGAUGAGAUUGCAAACUUAUUAUAAAUAUAUACUACUCAAAAGAAAUUAAAGAACUCCUGAUUCUUUCAUGACAUGACAGAUUUUCCAUAGUAAGGAUCGGAUCGUCUUUAACUUCUUUUCAAUAGUAUCCCGGGUAUAUAUUUUUGGGAGGGUCAUUAGCAGAGAAAUGUAAAGGUAUAUAGUCUCGCAUUGUUGUGACACUAUUGCUGACUAGUGAGGAGAGUCACCCGAACUCAUUUAUGAUAAGCACCGGUCCAUAGGACCCAUUUGAGAUGAUGAUAAUCCUUGAAUUUUGUUUUAAAGGGCCCCAUUCAAUAAAGUGAUCUUAAUGCUAAGAUGAUCACAACACUCAUAGUUCGACUUAGCACUCUGAUCCUUAUGUGGAUAAAACAAGGAUUGGCUGGCUCGGAGUCAGUAUACUGUGGCUGAAUUGGGUAUCAUGUUAACCGUCAGCUAUACAUGCUAUAGGGGGCUAACACUAGAAAACCAACAUUAGUCAGGACUAGAACUGGAAUACACAGACGUGUAUGCAUGCAAGUUGCUAUAUAUAAAGUGCAAUAAUAUUGAAUGUGACUUAAAGUCCCAUUUCACCUAACCUAAUGCUGAUGAUAGAACUAGCUAAUGUACAUGAGGCCAUCUUCUCUACGAUGUCAUGUUAGAGCCUCAGCAAAUGUUACUUUCAUGUACACAUUUACAAGAUUUUCACAAGAAUUAUUUAUUAAGAAUUCUUUUUGUACAUAGAUGUAUUUAAACAUGUUGUUUAAGUUAUUUUCCCACAAAGCUGGUAUUUGUGGUUAGGUUUGAAUAUGUAGAUUAGUUAUUUGCUAGAUUAAAUAUUAUCAUAGAUAUAAUCACUGCCUACUGACCUACCACACACAUCAAUAGUUCAUCAAUGGAAUUUUUAAAAUAAGUACAUGGUGUGGUCUUAAGAAAUUAAUUCGAGUAGUUUGUGUGUAAAAGUUCGUUCAAACAAGUCUGCCGUAGUAAAUACAAAUCCAACAGUGCCUAAAACACUUAAAGACUAAGACUAUUUUAGUCUGAAUGUUAUACAUGUAUUAUAUUUUUUGUCAAUGAAAGAUCUUUUAUAUCAAAUGUAUGAAUUUACACAUGGCAGGAACAACAGCAUCAACAUUUUCACAAUAUUCGUAAAAGUACUGAUAAUGCUAUUUCAUGUUCGUGCAAUACUAGUAUUUUGUUUUCAUGUGUAAUUUCAUUGUGUUAUUUUGCAGUCAACUAUGUGCUCCAAGGAUUGUUUCUUUUAUGUGUGAUCAUAGUGAUUUGACCACAGCUCUUCCAUACUCAUUGUGCACUCUCACUAAAAUCAUAUCUUUUACUUUGAUAUACUACCUCUCUGCGUGAAGAUCGGAUGACACCUCCAUCGUGUCAGGGAUCCCUGAUCGAACUUUGACCUCCCUGUCAAAUGAAGCAAUCCUAGGUUCUGGAUGUCAGCUUUUGAAAACAGUUCAAACAUUUAAAUUUUGAUUUGAAAAGAAGACUGCCACAGAACAUAAAUAUAUCCACGAUAGUACGUCCUUUUUGGUGUGGGGGUGGUCGGGUAGCCUUGUGGUUAAAGCGUUCGAUCGUCACGCCGAAGACCUGGGUUCGAUUCCCGACAUGGGUACAAUGUGUGAAGCCCAUUUCUGGUGUCCCCAACUGUGAUAUUGCUGGAAUAUUGCUAAAAGCGGAGAUGUCAUGGUGCUCAGAAAUGACAGGGAGUGUAUCAAAUAGCAACAAUUUUAUAGCUUGGCUUUAUUUUUUUGCAGUCAGGAGUUCCCGAUUUUAUUAAUGUUCCUAAGGGUGGAGGUGUCCCAAGAUCUUCAUGCAGAUCGGUAUUCAUGUCGGAGUAAAGAUCUGAUUCUGAUGAGAUUGAUUCUUUGUGUUAAUAUGUUUGACAGGUUCUGAUCAUACUGUUUUCAUGUGUGGGUGUGAAUGCAUGUUGUCCUGAAUCAAGAUUGUAUCAAAUUAUGACCUUUGAAUUGCAGUAUUCAAUAUGUGUGGUGUGUUGCUGUCAUAAUAAUAGUAAAUGCAGGAAUAUUUAUCUACCGUGUGUUGAAUCUCAACUAUGAACAAACAUAUUUAAUGUGUAGGCAUAAUGGAUUAGUAUAUUAAUUAAGCCUGUUAUCAUGGUUAAGUUGAUUUAGUUGAGAGAAUAGAUCAUAAUUAUGGUCCAUGGGAGUCUCAAGACUACACUGUACAUGGAAACAAUCAGACCAUGUUUUAGUAUUUUGAAGUUACCUCCCUUGGUUUAAAAUCAGGAGUUACAUCCCUUUCCUCAGAGAUCUCCAAGCUCCUUCCCAGCGCGUGACACCUUCGUUACAUUUUCGGUAUAGAGAGCUCCGGGAACGUACUAUCGCUGUGAGGAGCUUGAGAGAUCUCUCUUGUUGAUCUCUAAUAUUUUAAUGUUUCCUUUAAUCUUCAUUUGCAGAUAAAGAAGAAGUGUUAUUUGUACUGAGGGUUGACCCUUCUACAGUAUUUGAACAGGGUAAAUUUACAUGUAAAUGAACAACAUUUGUUGUACUUAUUUAUAUUUUUCUUAGGUCUCAUUCCCUAGAAUUCUGCCUUUCACACUGUUCUUCUCAAUAUCUGUUUGGGUAAAUGUGGCCCUAUGAUCAACAGGUGCUACUGAACAAGUUUUGUAGUUGAUGCUCUUUCUGAACCGAUAUGAUGAUGAUGAUGAUGAUGAUGAUGUGCCUUUUUGUGAAACACAUACCUCAGUGCCAAUAAAUAUAGAUAAAGUGA